CUCAACCCCGCCAAACCCCACUUCCGUUAUUAAUCACCAACGUCAACAUCAUUCAUCCCACAUCUCUUCUUUCAGCUUCUCAUCACCAAGUAUCAUCAAUUAUCAUCUGCCACCCACUCGGUAAUAUCAAGAUGGGAAUCACACACAUCGUCCAAUUCCAAUUCAAAUCCGACAUUAGCGCCGAUGUCAUCGAAGACACCUGCAAGCGCAUGCUCGCUCUGAAAGAUACCUGCCUCCAUCCCGUUUCCCAACAACCAUACAUCAAGUCCUCUUUUGGUGGUAAGGAUAACUCCAUCGAAGGGAUUCAGAAUGGAAUCACGCAUGCUUUUGUAGUCGAGUUUGAGAAUGCCGAGGAUCGGGACUUCUAUGUGCGAUCUGAUUCCGUGCACCAUGCUUUCGUGAAGAGUUUGGAUGGCUUGAUCGAUAAGGCGCAGGUUAUUGACUUUACGCAUGGCAAGUACUGAGUUCUGGGGUAUUCGGGUGGAUAUAGAUGUAUUCUUUUCAAUCUUUUGGACUGUUACUUAUCAGUAGAGGUCAAGACACUAUAUAAUGCUGGUAGUUUCGAACCAUUUAGCUCUCCCAAUUCAGUCCAAGUGUG